GUCAAUGCCGAGGAUCACACGGGAGUUGGGUUGAACACACUUAACUGCCAGCCUCCACUCUAUCCGUGGUGUUGCCAGUAUAGCCACGAUGACUGCGUCACCUGAGAGGGCCGUCGUGCCUCUCAGGGCCACACUAUCCGGAUCCCCACCGUUCGAGGAAGGAGCCCCGCCACUGACGACCACCGCCCGGGCUUUGCACGUCGAUAAUCCUGUGGUCGAAUCCCCCGUUCAUCAUCACCUCGCUAGCAUUGCUCGCGCGUCCAAGGGCGGCUACUCGGUUGGGAACUCGGAAGUUCUGGACAACACCUUGCCCUACGCCGCCUCGCGUAUGACCAUGGCUGUCGCCGACGAGCGGCGCGCAACCGCGGGAAAGAAACCCACCAUCGCGUCCCGGGUCGCCUCCAUCUGCGCCAUGAUCGACGAGCACGUCGCCACCGAGACGCCCAUGAGCGCCAGCCGAGUUGCCGCCGUUUACUCCAUGAUCGCCGACGUCGCCAACGCUGCCGCGGAGGCGAGGAAGAUCGGCAGCAGGAGGAGGAAGCCCUGCCAGGGCAUCACCCGCCGCUACGAGUACGAGGAGUUGCGCAGUCUCGGAGAUGGCUCGACCGCCGACGUCACCAAGGCGCGCCACCACGCGACCGGCCACACCGUCGCCCUGAAGACUAUCCGCGAAGACUGCUGCAGCGGCGCCGACUAUAUCCUGCGGGAGGCCUGUUUCAUGGCCGCGUGUCACGGCCACCCCGCCCUCCUUCGUCUCCAUGGACUCGCGCGCGAUCCGGACACCGGGGUCUACUCCCUCGUCAUGGAGUGCCUCGGGCCGUCCCUGCACCACGUCCUCCGCGAUCGCAUGGCCCGCACCGGCCGGCCGUUCCCGGAGGCCAACGUGCGCCUCAUAAUGAGGCAGCUGCUGUCCGGCGCGGAGGAGCUGCACAAGAACCUCAUCAUCCACCGCGACAUCAAGCUCAAGAACAUCCUCGUGGCCGUCGACGGCGCCGUGAAGAUCGGCGACUACGGCUCGGCACUGUCAAUCGCGGGGCAGAACGCCGACGACGAUUACUGGGCCGCCGGAACGAGGAAGUACUGCGCGCCGGAGAUGCUGCUGGAGAAACCGGGCUACGACACGCUCGUCGACACGUGGUCCCUCGGCUGCGUGAUGGCGGAGCUCCUCACCGGGGAGGCGCUGUUCAAAGGGCGCUGCGACUCCGACCAGCUGCAGAUGAUCUACGACGUGUUUGGCGUGCCGGGGAAGAGGGAGUGGAAGCCAUACGAGUCGUCGUUCGUGGCUGACAAGGUGCCGGUGUGGCGGCGAGAGCAGGCGCAGCAGCGCCGGCGAGGACAGUGGAACGGCAACCGGCUGCGCGAGCUGUUCCCGGAGGAGCUUCUGUCCAAGGAAGGGUUCCAGGUUCUCAAGGGGCUUCUGGCGUGCAAUCCCAGCAAGCGGUUGGCGGCCGCCGCCGCGCUCAAACUUCCGUGGUUCGCUCACAAUGACGAUGCUCCGGUGGGAUUAUAGCAGGUCACCGUGGGACACUGACCUAGGGUCCUGUAACCAUAAUUCUUAGUAGGCUACAUGUAAACCAUAGUUGUAUGCGGAGAGGUGAGGUGCCUGUGCCUACAGCGACCACCCCCUCUUGUAUGGGGCUCACCAUUUGUGAGUUGCAUGGGAGCUUGUGCUAAUUACUACUUGUUUCCUAGUGGCAGGAGUAGCUUAGAACCUGGGAGCAGCUGUAAUGUAUGAUCUCUCGUGAGAUUUAUAAGACUACACAUUGUUCAUCCUUUGACCCACAAAGGACUGGUA